AUGGCUUCUACAAGUGGAGAUGCUACUCCACCAUCUCCAAAAACCGCAAGGCUCAUGGCGGAGAUGAUUAAACUUGGUGAUCAAAUGAGAAGAAUGAGUUAUGACAAAGAAGAAAGGACGGAGAGAAUGAGAAAAAAGAACGAGGAGAGUUUGGGAAGAAUACAUAGGAGUAGUGAAUCUUUAAGUGUGAGGAUUGAAAAUAUAGAGCAAAGAAGAGAGGUAAGAUCAUCUAAUUCUUCUCAUGGAGAAGAUGAGGGGUAUGAAGAGGAUGAGGGAAGAUGGAGGAAUGAGAGGUAUAAGGAGAGAAGAAAUCAUAGAAGAUAUGGAGGUAGACAAAGAGAGGAAGGGAUUGAGGGGGAGAAGGUGAAGAUCCCUACUUUUAAAGGGACUUGUGAUCCAGAAGUGUAUCUUGAGUGGGAGAUGAAGGUUGAACAAGUCUUUGCUUGCUACAACUACAAUGAAGAGAAAAAGAUCAAAUUGGCCUUCCUGGAGUUUGAGGGAUAUGCCUUAGUGUGGUUGAAUCAAAUGAGGAGUGAUGUUGAGAGGAUGAAAAGGCCUUUGAUUAAUACUUGGCAAGACAUGAAGAGAGUUUUGAGAGAGAGAUUUGUGCCGUCCUAUUAUGGGAGAGACCUUCACAACAAGCUCCAAAGACUAAUUCAAGGAAAUAUGAGUGUGGAUGAGUAUUACAAAGAGAUGGAGAUUUCCUUGAUUAGGGCUCAAAUUGAGGAGUCUCAAGAGGCCACCAUGGCUAGGUUUUUACAUGGUCUCAAUAGGGAGAUUCAAGACAUUGUAGAGUUGCACCACUUUGCCUCUUUGGAAGAUCUCAUUCAUCAAGCUAUCAAGGUGGAGCAGCAAUUAAAGAGAAAGCAAACAUACAAGAAGUCCCCCUGUGGCUCUUCAACUUGGACAGAUAAGGAGACAUUCAAGAAGGAUGGAAGAUCUUCAUUCAAAUCUCAUGAAAAAGGUGUUUCCCUUGGUAAAAAUAAUUCUAAUCCUACUCCCACUUUAUCAAAGGUGAGUUCUAUUAAAUGUUUUAAGUGUUUGGGAAAAGGUCAUAUUGCCUCCCAAUGUCCUAACAAAAGGACUAUGGUUGUGUUGGGUAAUGGGGAUAUCACUAGUGCAUCUUCUUCUAGCUCUUCUAGUUCUUCUAGUGAUAGUGAAAGUGAAUGUGAUGUACAACCCCUGGAAGGUGAUCUUUUGAUGGUUAGGAGGUUAAUGGAGAAUGUGUGGGUAGUUGCAGCUAGCCAAAGAUUGAUUGAAAAGCUUGCUUUGAAAACUUUCCCUCACCCUAGGCCUUACAAAAUACAAUGGUUGAGUGAGAAUGGGGAGCUAGUUGUAGAUAGACAAGUUUUGAUAUACUUCUCCAUUGGAAAAUAUGUUGAUGAGAUAAUGUUCGAUGUAGUCCCUAUGGAGGCUAGCCAUCUCUUACUUGGGAGGCCUUGGCAGUAUGAUAGGGAUGUUGUCCACAUUGGUGUCACAAACAAAUUUUCAUUUGUACAUAAAGGGCAAAAGGUUACCCUUAAACCUUUGUCUCCAAGUGAGGUCAAAGAAGAGAAGGUGCAAAAGGCUACUGAUGACUCGCUUAGCGAGGUAUCUUUGACAUCAAUUCGAGGGCAAAUUCUUCCUAAGAAGGAGGGUAUGAUAGAUGACUAUCCAAGGAGAAAGAGUUUGACUUAG